AUGAGAAUUAUAAAUAGCGUUUGUAAGCAACUUAAGGAGGUUGCUUACACCCAGUCCAAACCACAGAAGCUUACUGCAAAUCUCAAUGAUGCUUAUGGCCAGUUUGAGUAUACAGGCAAAGCAAUUCUCAGCCCAAGAGAUGAAUUAAAGUAUAGAAUGGCAGUUUCUACAAGCGCAUUUAGCCCGUCCACUUCAAACCAAUUAGAAGGCCGCAAAGAAUGGCUCGAGAAGCAAAGAGAGUGGAGAUACAGGCUACGCGGUAUAAAGUACAAUAAAGAAGACAACGUCAAUUCUAUCAAAGACGGCUCAAUCACUUCCCUCUCGCAACAAAACGUUGUCGGUAUCCCUGUCUUCCUCCCAAAUAUCUCAUUCAGGCUGAUGCGCAACCACACUCCACCAAAUCAAGAAUACAACCCUUAUUUGGCCACUUUUAGAAUACCACGCUCUCUCACCAAGCAAGAUAUACGCUCUUAUCUCCUCGCCGUGUAUGGCGUUAAAAGUACGUGGAUACACACAGACCUAUACCAGCCACGCUUGAUCAGAGGAAUGACCAUGCGUUGGAAGAGAAAGGGCAGAGGCGAUGCUACUACCGGCAGAGGUUUUUACAAGAGAGCUUUGGUUGGCCUUGAAGAGCCUUUCUACUUCCCUGACGAGCCUGCUAGAGAGGAGUUAGAGAACAAGUAUGCCUAUAGUGAACGGGAAUGGAUGACCCGCAGAAUGCUCAUGGCUUUCUCAAAAGGCUGGAGAUGGAGAGGUGUCAAGGAAACUGGCCAAAGAGGUGCCACGCAGCGACUUCCAAACGUGCUCACUGCCAUCUCAAUGAGGAGGGCUGAACGCGAGCAAGCAAUCUCCAAUGAAGUUGAGAAGAUUAAGCAUUUGAGGUUGUAA